UUUAUUGUAACUGAAAAAAUAAAAAUUGUGAAGGUCAAAAAUUUUCAGAAAUAAAUCAAAUUUUGGUGAAAUAAAGGGUCUCAAAAUGCUUGGAUUGGUUCGGCAGGCCAUCCGAGUAGGAGCUCGAAAUGUAAGGACUCCGCAGAUCUCACAAGUACGACAUGGAGGACAAUGGUUUUACCGGCGUCUUGGUGACCCACCAGAAAGAAGUCGCAUCAUAAUGGCGGAAGGAGUCAUGGCAUUUAUGUGGUGGUGGGUCCUCUGGCAUUUGUGGACAGAACCAGAGCAUAUUACAGGACAUUAUGAAUAUCCAGAUGUGACCAAAUGGACUGAUGAAGAGUUAGGUAUACCACCGGACGAUGAAGAUUAGCUCUAGUCUUGUGCUGUAAAUAGAACUGUGGACUGAUCAUAGCUGUGUACAUAGAGACACUUUGUUUGAUGAACAGGAAUACCUUAGAAGCAAGGUUUCAGAGGAAUUGGAAUGUUGGACUAACUAUGCUAACUGUCAUCUGAAGGUUGUGGAGAUUCUUUUUGUCACUGGUCAUCUUGUCGGGUCCUGGCAGACACACUACACCCUUCCUAUUGCUGGGAGUACUUAGUGUAGGUAUGUGCCAUGUCUUGGGGCCCACAAGGGAACACAGCAAAUAGAAUGUCCAGCUUGUAUGAGAGGUGACUACAUGUAAAUGAUGUCCAAUUCAUCUUGAUGUUGAUGAAAUAUUAAGAAGCAUUGUACUUUUGACUUAGGGUAAACUCUGCAUCGAAUGGAGUAAUAAAUUUUUGUUAUGAAA